ACGUUUGCUCUAUCGAUUAUUCCGUGCUUGUCCGGCCCGGUCAAUGAUAGCGUUAGUCGGACACGGAGUUGAGCGACGCCCUUCUGAGAGCCGCCCUCGCGUCGAACCCUCGAGAAUCGUCUUGCGAAAACGACACAUUCGUCCGAGGACAAGCCGAGGACUGCGAGAAUUCGUGCGCGACACACAACGCAACGUUACAAUUCGGUGAGUGAAACGAACAGGUGUUAACGAGAUAGGCGCUCGGCGGCUCGAAGCACGUCCCGAAAAUAACGUCGCUCUUCAUUCUCUCUCUCUCUCUCUCUUUUUAGAUCAUUCACGAUCGACACGAUGCUUUCUGCCAUCGACCCGUGGUCGUCGGUUGCCCGCUAGUUCGUUGAACAGACACACACACACACACACACUCUCUCUUUCUCUCUCGGCAUUCACGCUCUGUUAUGGAAACAUGAACGGCCCUACGAGCGGAUGAAUUUUUAAUCGGUCUUACGGUGCAACGUGGCUAAGGAGGAUUAUGAGAGAGGAAGUCCGCGAUUAGAAUAUGGCACGUCUCUAUUACGAGUGCAGUAACUUUGGGCUGAAGAACGAGAGCGCGAGCAACGGCGACGACAACGCGAUUAUCCGGCCGUAUGCAUGCACCCCCGACAGGUAUUGCCUGUAUUGCUGUUGUAACCCGCAGUGUUGCUUCGUGGUGCAACGACGGACUCCACGUCACCUCUGGGAAGCUUGGUACUUUUGGCUCGGCAUUGCUUUAGUCGCUGUUUUUGUCAUUUCUUCGGUGAGCAGCUAUAUAGUCAGUAAUUACAGACAUAACAUUCAAGGUAUUCCAUUCCGUCAUAAUCCACAUGUCAACGCUAACGUACGGAAUGACCGAUUCAAUCGGCCGGCAGGCAAUCAGAAUCAAAUAUCUAUAAGUAUAAUUCCCUCGACGGGGACGUUGUCGUCGCAACGGAAAACGCUGGUGAUCGGCGCACAGCCAGGUGUCACGCACAUGAGUAAGAGAGAAAAGAGAAAAAGGAGAGGCCGUGCCUCUCCUUGAUAUAUUAUUUUCAUUUUCUUCCUUCGCAAUCACCGCCGUCCGCGACAUGUAGUUGCGCGUAGUCGCGUAGCCAAACGACUAUUCAUAAAUAACUAUGAGACAAGAUUAUUAAAUAUGCAUUGAGACAAGAAAUAUCCAAGGAAUGAAAAAUAUUUAUUCGGUAGGUACUAAUAAUAUGUUUAUUUAUGCUAACAUACGUGUUUUUACGUUGAGAACAAGUUGUUCUCAAGUGAGAAAACAUACACUUUCUUAAAUCUAGCUUUUCGUGAAAAUAAGCAUAGGAACGGUUUAAUUAUUUGAAAUAGUGCAAAAUAUGAGCUUCAUUCUUGAAAAAGCAAGAAAAUAGUCAGAUUUUAAAAGAUGAGUUUUCUUCAAGAGCUUUUAAGUUAAAAAUUGUUUAUAUAUUAUAUCAUUCUUCUAAAAAGUUAAAAAACUGUAAUAAAAGUCUCGUAAAAAGUGUCUCGUAAUAAAAGUCAAUGAAGAGUAGAAUUUAAAUUUUGGAGAACAAAAGAGUUACAUGAAAUUAAAUAUUUAGAACAAGAGAAUUUAGAUUUCAGUAAACAUGUCAUUUUAGUAUCUCCACCGAGUGAAUAUUCUUUACUUUUUAGACAUUUUUUCCUUCGGUGUGUGUAUAUGUAUCCAAUUGGAUAAUAAUUUAAUUUAGACGUAACAAUUAAACAACUAGUCACUUAUCAAUUACUAAUCAAUAAUAAAUACUAGGUUCAACCAAUUAAUAAAUCUGUCAGAAAUA